CAAACGUUUUUCUCCAUCUUCUGACGAAGCUAGCUUGCUGCGUUGGUGACAUCAUGAGUGCAUGACAAUGAUUAUGAAAACCGAUAGGGAUGAUUGAAUUUUUGAAUUUCAAAUCAUUAGACACUGUGAAAAAAGUAACUAGUAACUUGACAUUUUUGUGGAUGGUAACUGUAAUCUUAUUACUUUUUAUUACUGUAAUGCAUUACUAGUUACUAGUUACUGCAACACUGGUUCUCAGCUGGUAAUAAUCACAAGACACGUUUUUGUCUGUUGUAGAAGUAAAAACUUAAACUUGAUUUCUUGAUGUGUUUCAGGUGUGUUUGGUGAUACAGAUUUAAUGAAGUCAGUAUCAGUGACUGAGGGAGAUUCUGUCACUUUACACACUAAUGUUACUGAAAUACAGAGUGAUGAUCAGAUAGUGUGGAUGUUUGGAUCUCAAGACACUCGUAUAGCUGAAAUCCACAGACAGAAAAUCUCAACAUAUGACUGUAAAGGGACAUUUGGAGACAGACUCCAGAUGGACAGUCAAACUGGAUCUAUGACAAUCGGAAAUGUCAGAACUGAACACACUGAACUUUAUAAAGUACAGAUCAUCACAAAUGAAGCAACUUCAUGCAAGACAAUCGAGCUUACUGUCUAUGCUCGUCUGCCUGUUCCUGUCAUCACCAGCAACCCUUCAAACUGUUCAUCAUCAUCAUCAUCAUCAUCAUCAUCAUCAUCAUCAUCAGUGUCUAAAUGUUCACUGCUGUGUUCAGCUGUGAAUGUGGGUCAUGUGACUCUCUCCUGGUACAAAGGAAACAGUUUAUUGUCCAGCAUCAGUGUGUCUGAUCUCAGCAUCAGUCUCUCUCUACCUCUGGAGGUGGAAUAUCAGGAGAACAACACCUACAGCUGUGUGAUCAACAAUCCCAUCAGCAACCAGACCACACAUCUGGACAUCACUCAACUUUGUCAGACAUGUGCAGAACCUCACCGUUUCAAUUCCAUACCGGUGGUAGUUGCUGUAUUGUUGCUGGUGGCAAUAAUUGCAGUUUUGGGAGGAAUUUUGUUUUUGCACAUCAGGAACCGUGAACAAACAGCACAAACUGACAAGUAUUACUCCACUGCAUAUAUUCAUGUUUGUGUUGGACAAGUGUUUAUUUUAUGACCACCUUUUCAUGUAUAAUGUUUUAUAGUUAAACUGUGGUUAUUAUUAAAACAGUUGAAAAUGAAGACGUACAUUAUGCUACAGCAACAUUCGUUGCACAUCCUUUACAUCAUACGGUAAGAUGCAGUUUUGCUGUGUGCAUUGUGUCUCGUUGCCUUCCUGUAGAAAACUUAGCACUAGAGAGCUGAUGGAUCAUUAAUGCUCAAAGAAAAAAAAAAUCUCAAUAUCCAUCUGUGCUUGCUUUGACUUACUGUAACCUAAGCAGAAAUUCUAUUUUAUUUUAAACUGAAUUAUAGAUGAUUUGGGUUUUAAAGCUAGUGAUUCAUUUCAGUGAUAUGUUAUGUUUCACAUACACCAUGCAUCAGGCACUGCAUGAUGGACAACCCUUUC